CUUGUUACAUAAGCACUCAAGUGUCCGUCAUUGAAAAAUGAAAUGUAGUUCUUUUUUUAAAACUGGAAAUUAGCAUAAGAUGUAUUCUUACGCGUAACACGUUCCACAAGAAGUCCUAGAAGUGGGAUCCGUUUUGAAAUGAUUUGAAACAAUGUGAUAGUUUUCUGAUUUUUAUUUUCGAAGGGAAAAAGUUUCAUCUGUUUCUAAUAUUCAUCAUUUCAAUGGACCGUCCCAUUUACAUUUAUUCAAUCAAAAAACAUUUAUUAACAAUGUGUGCUCGACUAUUUUUGUUUCUGUGUUUAGUACAGGGAUUUAGCAGAGCAGUGCAAACAUACUCAGAACUUCUUUAUCCUGUUCCCAGACACAAGUUGCAGACUUUGGGGAAUCCCGUACCCGAUCUAACAGAAGCAAGUUUUAAAUGCUCUGAGGAUGUAAAGUGUGGUUACUGUGGUCCACAAGGAUUAAUUCAAACAACAAACUCACCUUCUACUCGAUAUUUGGAGGGAAGUGAAAUACAGUUAUCAGCCAUAAUAAAUGACAUAAGAUAUGGCACAGUUCAACUAUCUCUCUGUGUUCGUAAUGAUUCGUCAAAAGAUGAAAACGAGGCUUGUCUCCAGGAUGUACAACUUUACUUUCCGGAAGUGGAAUCAUUUACGUUACCAAUAUCAUCCUCUGGUGAAUUAACGACCAGUGUUAUCCUUCCGCCAGGGUUGUCAUGUCCACACUGUAUUCUGAGAUGGAGCCUAACGGAAAGAGACCCAACGUGCUCAGGAUGUGCACUUACCACAAUAAACUGUGCAGAUGUAGUGAUAGAUCACAAUACACACAAAAGAACCAAACGCCAAGCUGCAAGGAAAUCAAAAAAGAAAUCCAAGAAGAAAAAGAGUCUAAAACCACUUCUCCCUCCGCCAACCCCCCGGACACCCACUACAAGUCAAGUAACUUCUCUUGCGCCUACCCGAUACACCACAAGUGGAAAUACAUUUUUGGAAAUGAUUAAGAUGAUGCAAUUGAAAAAUAAACAACAGCAGACUAAUGUCAGAAACAAAAAUCUCAAUGUAAUGGGAAAUACUCGACCCCCACCGAAUCACUUUGCAUCGAAUCCACUGUAUGUAUCUCCUGUGCCUAAUAAAACAGUCAGAAAAGUUAUAGGUCCUACAGUUCCGAAAGUCAAAACUACGAGGAUGAAUCAAAGGAUUCCUGCCACUGCCAGCCCUGCAAUUGCCUAUCAAAAGGUGAGAAAUGCUCCAAGAGAAACCAACACUUUAUUCCAAAAACAAUGGCAACAGCAGCCCAGUUAUUCUUCCGGUAUUAAUGAACUAGAAAAGCCUGUAGAUAGUUUUAAAAGUGGAGUUAUUAAGAAAACUGCUCCUUCAAAUGCUUUUCUUGAUGCAAUUCGGCGUUUUAAGAAGAAGAAAAUGGGUUUAGAUGAAAUAAUUAAUGUCAAUAAACCACAACUAGGAGAGUUCCAUGGAAACGUGGAAGUUACCCGGGUAAAGAAAAUGGAAAAACCCCAAGACCAAAUGUCCUCUGUCAAUACUCUUUUUGAAAAAGAGAGUAAGUUCAAGGAACCACAGCUGUCUAAAUAUGACAUUUUCGACAAACUCCCUAAAUCGCAAACAACCUCUACAACUAGGACAACUAUACAGACCACGAAAGCGCCAACUACUGUUCGCAAAAUUCCUUCGAUAAUACAACCUAAAAAAGCUGGUGUUCGAAAUUUGGCGAAAAAUGCUUUUUUGGAAGCCAUAAUGAAGAUGAAAGGAGUGUCUCCAAAAACACAUAUUUCAAAAGUAACAUCUGAUAUUACCCCUUCUAAAACACAGAAAUCAAUGACUUCCAAGCGUGUCACUGUAAAAACAACAACAACAACAGCGACAACGACAACAACAACAACAGCGACAACGACAAAAGCCCCUACCACAGUCACGAAGGUCACUAAAGUACCCAGAAACAAUCCAUCACAGCAGAAAAAACAACAGGAUCAGAAAGAUUCUUUCAUGGAAGCCAUAAAACGACUUCAAAGACAAAGACAGAACAUUCUCAAUCAAAUAACAUCGCAAGGUAAAGCUUUGCCAAGCACACAAACUACAGUAAAGGAAACAACAGCAACAACAGGUCGCACUUUAGCUCCCUCGGCCACAACAACAAAAGAAAUAACCAAGGUAUCGCCAAAGAAAAGUAGUGGACUUUUACCAGCGUGGGGACCGUGGGAAAGAACGUCAAAGACUACCAAAUCUACUACCACAUCUACUUCUGGGUCACCAACGUAUGCUAAAACCACCAGAACAACAUCAAUUCCAAGUACAUUUUACACUUCCCCAUAUAGUAGUAGGCGUAGGACAACGGCAGAAGAAACAGAUUCUCUUAAUCAAUUCACAAGAAUUCAAACGACUGCUAUACCUCUAAUAGAAGACAAUCCGUUCAUACAUUACUUUGUUAUUCUUCCUCCAAUUAAAAACGAUAAAAAGAGCACAAUAAAGGAAAUACCUUCUACAGCCGACACGACCCCAAUUGAAGAAAUGACAACAGAAGAAGUGCUAACAAUGACUACACCUCAAACUAUAUCAACAGAAUCUGGAGGCCUCUUGGGACGUGCUUCUAUUGAUAAAACUAAGACUACUUCAGCAGAACCAUCAACCUAUUUGACAUCGAAGGCAAUAGAUAUACAAACAACCAUGGAAACAAAUUCAUCGAGCCCAACAGACAUUGAAAUGUUUUCUUCCUCACCAACAUCUUCAAACCUUAUGGUAAGUCCAACUCAGAUGAAAACUACCUUGACCUCUGGAUUGCUUCCUCAGAGUUCUUUAAAAGUAAAGAAAAUUCCAUCUGCAGCAGGAAUCGUACCUAUGAGAGAAAACAGAAAACAAUUUAAAACUACAAUCAAAAGUCCCGUCUCCGACAAUAAAACUCUGAAACAAACAAAAGUUCAAAAUACUCAAGUACCAGUAUCAAAGUCGACAACAUUGAACAAUGUAUCACAAAGCAUAAAAACAACGAUACCAAUUAAAACAGAUGAAUCUGCUUCUUCUCAAUUACCCCAAAAAACUACAAUGGAUGAAAAUUCAGCUUUAGCAUUCAAAGAAUUGUUUAAACCAGAUGAGUUUAAAAAGAUUCGGAAGGAGAAUUCUCUUCUUCCAAAGUUGAAAUCUGCCGAGACAACAGUAGGUAGAAGUGAUACCUCGGAACCAACUGGAAAGAGGGGCAUAUCAGUACAGGAUUUUGGAUCUUCUUUUAGCACCAAAAGUAAACCUGAUACUACCACACCAAGCAUCAACUUAGAAACCUUCAUUGCAGAAUCUAACAAAAUCAUUUCAUCAACGAUACAGCCUAAGACUGAGAUGGUACAAGUAGAAAUGCACAAAAAUGUGAUGGAUGGAAAGAAUUACGAUCUACUAGAAAAGCAAUUACAUGACAAACUGCUAGAGACUAAUCAAGAUUUAGCUUCAGACUCACGAAAACCUGUUUACUUAGACCUUAUCCACGAAGACAUGUAUAAACAUUCAAAUGUAAAAAUAAAAUCUUCUUCAGCACAGUCCACGACGAUAACUACAACACCUAAAGGAAAGCAGAGAAACAGAUUACUCCCCUCAAUGCUUCCAAAGAAAAUCGACCAGAAAAAGAAAAAGUCGGGUUUCCUACCUUUAAUGCCUCUAAUGUCAAGCAAUUAUCCAAUUCAAUCAAGAACAACAGAAUCAACUCUAUCAACUUCACCUACAGUGGCAAUCUCAACCACAACACAAUCUCCAACCACUACACAAUCUCCAACCACAACACCAUCUCCAACUACUGCACGACAACAGACACGGCCUGCAACUACGACUGUUGAUAAGUCUUCAUUUUUAUUCAAAAUGCAAGAAUUAAAACUUCAGUUGUUGCAAAAGGAAAUUGAAAAUCUUAAAAUGAAGUUGCUAGAAAUAAAUCAAAACCCUUGGUCAUCUAGAGUUCAAAUAAAGCAAACUGGUACAUCCUUCAGAUCCUCUACAACGACAACUGAAACUCCAACAAUAACAACUACCACGGAGGCUCCAACAACAACAACUACCAUGUCAACUACGACAUCAACUGAGCCUCCAACAACUUCACAGGAACCAACAACAACAACAAUGCCGACAACAACAACAAAACCAACAACAACAAUAACAACGACAACAACAGUACCAACGACAACAAUACCUACAACAACAGCAGUACCAACAACAACAACUACGGGAUUGCCAACAACAACGCUACCUACAACAACCACUGAAUCUAUUGCCAUACUGAUGAGAAAUUUUCUGAAAAUUUUCCGACCUAUUCUGUACAGACAACUUCAUAUGAGUGAAGAACAGAAACAGAACACCCCUGUUGUCAUACCGAUGACCAUGGUGAGGAGGACAACCAGGUCCCCGACGUCAAGUUCUGUAACAACAUCACCAAAGUCAAUACCAACAACUAGCACUACAAUUACUACUACACAACCUACAACAACGACAACCGAAGCUCCUACAACCACACCAACAACAACAUCUACUGAAACAACUACCAAGCCAGUUCCAACAACGUUUAGGACCAAGAUGACGACACCUAAACAAACAACACUCCCCAAAACUACUCUCUCAGAAAAGAUGCUACUUCAGCAGUUAUUGAUGGAGUUCCAUCCGGACGUUUAUAAUAAACUAUACAACACAAAAGCAACGGAUGCUACAGAGACUUCAACGACUUACGAGCCUACUACAGACCCCAUAACCGCCGCUACAGAACCUGUCGCCGAACUGACGGACCCUCCCACGACAAGUAUAAGGACAACUACCCAAACAACAACAACAGAAACCACAACAUCAGCAAGGCCUUCGACAUCAGUAAAAACUUCACUGAGAACAACACAAACAACAAGAAAACCGCUAGUAACACUCGCCGAUAAAAUGAUAACUCUACCAGGCUCAACCACACCCAUAAGCUAUUUUGAAUUUCUUGAAAAGGCAAAGAAUGCCAAUAUACCGAUUCCACCUCUGAUUAAACAAGAAUUGCAGAACCUGUUUGAAAAAAGCAAAGCAAAAUCAACAAGUCCUUCAACUACUCGUUUCACUACAAGAGUACCUAGAAAAGGUCAGGCUAACAUCAUGCCAGUAGAUCCAAUAUUGAUCAAAGAUUUUGACAAUCCUAUAUCUGUCAGACGUUGGAGCCCACCUAUGCAAGCGCGUACAACACCAACUAGAAUCACCACCACUACUCGUAAAGUAACUACUGUCACAUCAGCACCACCGACGAGUAAAAAACCAGCUGUAGCUGAAAUUCUUAGGAAAUAUCGAGAAAUGUAUGAGCAUGGGGUAGACAAAAAAAAGAUUGCCCAAGCAAUAUUUAAAAACGUGAAUAUUGACAUGCUGAUGGAUAAUAAGGCGCUAUUUAACCAGCUUUUAUCUACAGAAUCUCCAAAGGGACAGGCAAACUACAGUCCCUCUACGAAAAUAGGAUACCCAUAUGAUACGACGCACAAUUACGGACCAAGUCUUUUAAAAAAUAUCCCUCCUAAUCAGGGACAGAAUGUCUUGGAGAGCCCGGAUAUGAAUAUGCUAUUGCGGUAUUCCGAGCGACAGUCCAAUCGAGACAGAUCUCCAGGUUUAAGCGCUUUUGACAACCAGAUGAUGGGAAUACCAGUAGACAUUCCAACAACACGUCAACCCUUUCGAUUUGGUAACAAUGUAAGGAAAGGAUCACAGGAUCCCGUUGGAUGGGGUGAACCAGUAAACGAUAUACAAAUCAGUGAAUAUAUAUUUAAUAAUGGUGAUCCAGUUAACAACCUACAAAAGAACCAGCAAGGAUUUGCUCAGGGACCAUACGAGUUUGCCCAGGGAUCGUUUGAUUCAAUAGCCGAGGAAAAUCCACAUGCAGGCUUUGUAUCAAACAACAAUGAAGGAUUCGGUAGAAAUACAAGACCCCCCGUCUUGCAACUGGAAAAUACCGUUGCGUACGGAGAGGGGGGACUUAGCGGCAACAAGAAUGGCCCUCUAGUGGUCGGUCCAAGUGGUUCAUUAAUGGAUUUAGGAAUGGUCAAUAGGCUUCAAAAUGUGGACCAACAGGGAAGUGGCGCUGUAAUCAUGUCUAAAUCUCUGGGAGCUAACCUGGUUUUACAUGCCAAGGACAGUAUCGGAGGUGGUGGAUCUAUGAGUGCAGUGAGUGGUGGAGGUUCUUUAUCCCAGAGCCCACGUAAUAUCGGUCCACAAGAUUUCACCAUCAAAAAGCAGGCCGGAUCACUGUCAAACACUGGAAUCGCACGAGGCAGCCAAUUGUCAGCUCCACGAGAAUCACAGAUUGCGGAUCCACGAACAUUCAGAUUGAGGAGGAGCACGCGUGGAAUAAAACAACGCGAGUACAGACCCAGCAGGCGACAAUACAUGCUAGAAAAACAAUACAUUGUGGAUUCCAGUGAUAAACUGGUAUGCCUCAUUGGAGAAACACUGGAAUGCAUAGGCUCUGGAGAAUUUAAAGACAUUAAGGGCAUUAACUGGUUUUGUUUAAGCUUGUGUGAAAGAGACAGAUGCCCUAAAGAUAAGUGUCAGUGUGGUUGUAGGGAUCCCAAAACUGACACUUGGCGACCCCUAACGGUCAAAUAAGUAAUCAAUCAAUUUUCUUCCUACCGGGUCAUUUUAAUUCACAUUUUCUGUUUACACAUAACUUGCAGUCUUGUUCUGUGUUCCUUUGUCUGUGUUAUGGAAAUAAAUAAACCGUUUUGUUUUGAAUUUAAGUUUAUUACAUGUAUAUUAAAGAAUUUAAAACCAUA